AUGUUGCAGUCCGAGGUCGAUGCAAUCUUUAACGCUUUUGACCAGAACAAGGAUGGUGGCCUCUCCCGUGAGGAGUUCGAGAAGGCCCUGGCGGCCCACAGACUUCAGCAGGUGAUUCCCGAGCCAGCAGCAGUCCCGGUCUACGGACCACCUCGCACCGCGCCUGGUGCGAUCCAGACGGAGGUGCAUGCAAACAUGCAAGCGGCGGAGACUUUCAACAUGGGCGUUCCUGUCUACCAAGCACCGACUGUUGCUCCAGUCUACCGAGCAACAGCGAUUCAGCAGCAGCUGCAUCAUGCGCAGUAU